GAAUUACCGAAAUAGAGAUACAAGGAAAAGUAGGUCAAAUCCUUUCACUCGGAAUUAAUUCUUCAAAGUAUUUAUGAUGACACAAAUAGAAAGUAUCACAGCUAAGCAAAGCUUCACAUUUUCAGAAGAAUUAAUUCCUGCUACAAAGAUUGUUGUGUAAAAUGUCAAAGUGAAAUUGUUCACCUAUCAACUAUGCAGAUAAUUAAUAAGAGGAAGCUAUGAAAUAUUAAAAAUAUUAAUGGUCCAUUUGAUACAAGUGGACCAUAGUUUAUGUUUUAAAUUACAGUAUUAUUUAAAAGUUUUUAUAUUAAGUACUUUUGCUGUUAUAUUAUAUUAUAUUCAAUAAUGGCUAAAAUAAAAGAUAAUACUGUCCAGAUAGUAUUUAUUUCUUUACUGCUGGACCUUUUGGCAUUUACUAUGAUAUUACCAUUGUUACCAGCUUUAUUAGACUAUUAUAAAGAAAUAGAAGAUAAUCAAGGAAUAUAUUUUAAAAUUUUGUAUUAUAUACAAAAUGCAAGAAAAUUUUUUGAUGCUCCUGAUAAAGUCAAUACAGUACUUUACGGUGGUUUUCUUGGUUCUAUGUAUUCUUUCCUACAAUUUUUGAGUGCUCCGAUAGUAGGAGCGUUAUCGGAUAUAUAUGGAAGGAAACCAUUGAUGAUAUUUUGUUUAACAGGUAUUGCAUUGUCUUACCUGUUAUGGGCAUUUUCUUGUAAUUUUGCUAUAUUUGUAUUAGCAAGAUUUGUUGGAGGUAUUAGUAAAGGGAAUAUUAAUUUAUCAAUGGCUAUCAUUAGCGAUGUUACAUCUCCAAAAACAAGGGGAAAAGCAAUGGCACUUGUUGGUAUAGCUUUCUCUAUAGGCUUUGUAGCAGGUCCAAUGAUAGGAGCAUUUUUUUCAUGGAUUUCUAGUGAUAAUAGAAAAGGGACUUGGUACAUAAUACCUGCAGUAUUUGCUCUUUUCUUGGCAGCGAGUGAUUUGUUUUUUACUGUUUGCUACUUAAAAGAAUCUUUACCGUUGAAUUGUAGAACCAGUAAUUUUGUAACUGGUGUCUCUGGAAUUCUUACUUACAUUAAUCCUAUAGAUCUAUUCCAAUUUAAUGGAGUGUCUGGGUUAACUUUGCAAGACAAAAAGGAUUUAAAAACACUGGGUUGUGCAUAUUUCAUAUAUUUGUUCGUGUAUAGUGGCUUGGAAUUUACCUUAACUUUCUUAACUCAUUAUUUGUUUAAAUUUACAAGCAUGCAACAAGGAUGGAUGUUUUUGGGAAUUGGAUUAGUUAUGGCAAUUUUGCAGGGAAGUUGGGUACGAACAAUUCCACCUAAUAAAACGAAGUCUGUUGCAGGAUUGGGUUUAUGGCUGAUUAUUCCAGCAUUUAUCUGUGUAGGUUUAGCAAAUGAUAUAUUGACAUUGUCAGUUGGAGUAUUUCUGUUUGCAAUUUCAACUGCCAUGGUUGUUACAUGUAUGAUGACGCUUGUAACACGUAUUGGUCCUGAUCAUCAAAAAGGUGCAAUAACAGGUGUUUUUCGUUCUCUUGGAGCAUUAGCACGAGCUUGUGGACCUAUUGUAGCUUCUUCAGCUUUCUGGUGUAUUGGUAGUAAGGCAACAUAUCUUACUGGUGCUGUAUUCCUUAUACUUCCACCUUUAAUUCUUCAAACUGUUAAGUCAUUUUGAAACAAAGGAAACAAAGGUAUUUAUAUAAAUAUUACAUAUUUAUAUUUGUACAGUAUUUUUACACAUUUUAUAACAUUUGUUGUUCUAAUGUUUUAUAACGUUAUGUAAACAUUUAAGAAAAUAUUCUUUAUACGCUUUUUGUAUCAUGUAUGGAGAGUGAAUAAUUGUACAUUUUAAUAUGCAAAUUUUCUCUCUUUACUCUUCCCUCCUUUUCCGCCAUGUUUAGUAGUUAUUGAUUUAUCGAAAAGUUAUCAAAUUAAUGGUGCUGUGAUAUAACGUGUUUUUUCCUGCGAUAAACUUAUAAGGAAAAUACAACUAAGAUAUAUUUCAUUGAUGUAAAAGAAUCACAAAGAAAAUUAUUGAAAUCAAAGAUAAAAAUAUUUUCUCCCAUUUGGUACGUCCCUGAGAAAAUCAUGAUUUUGCGUAUGCGUAAUUGGUGCUUCGUCACGUGCCCUACCCUCUCCCUUUUGUGUCGCGCCAUUUACGGUAAGAAAUUCUCGGAAUUCUUCCGUUCGCGGGACUUCGUCGACGUCCGCGUUGAUGUGAGUAACACAGAAGGGGGAGAGUUAUUGAUGCGAUUCACGAGUGCGACCGGUCCCUCAAUCAUUACGUUUACAAUUAUUGCGCGGUAGACAGAGUUUGAUCAGUUCAAAGGUUACAUCUUCAACAAAUCGAAGCAAACUGAAGGUAUCGGAAUCAUACAGUACAAAUCCUAGUUGCUUCUGUCUGCGGACUAGCAGCAGGU